ACAUGUUGAAAUGAACUGAUGUAAGUUUGUUUUCGUUACUUUUCUGUAAAUCUGCUGAGGCGGGAAAUUGACACGCGCGAGGGGACGACCCCGCAGGGGACGGAGACGUCUCAGCUGCGGUGACGCUGUUUGUGUUUGUCAGCAUCACCGCCACACCCUCCUCGGAGUUUAGCAGCAGCAGCAGCGGCAGCGGCAGCAGCAGAAGAAGAAGAAGAAGAAGCAGCAUGAUGCGGCUCGCCCUGCUAGUUUUGGCUCUCACGGCAGCCUGCAGCGGCAUCCUCCCUGAGAUAGUGGACUCGGGCGUCAGUCACAUCCUGGAGGAUAAUUCAGCCCAGCGACAGACGGAGCUGGACCGCACGUUUGUGGAAGUGGAGCAACUGCCAGCGGAUCCGCAGCAAAAGCCCGAGGAUGCGUCUCACCGAGAGACCAACAACAUUACCACCACAACUGUCCAGUCCAGUGACCAGGGAAACAGUAUUGAUCAUGGUUGCACCACUGAUGAGGACUGUGGGAAGGGAAGGUAUUGCCUUUAUGUCAUGCACAACUCCAAGUGUCUGCCUUGUAAAGCAAUCGAUGUUUCCUGUACUAAAGACGAGGAGUGCUGUGGUGAACAGCUGUGUGUAUGGGGCCAGUGCAGUCAAAAUGCAACAAAAGGAGAGGCUGGCAGCACCUGUCAGUACCAGACCGACUGCAGCCCAGACCUCUGCUGUGCUUUCCAUAAAGCCCUGCUCUUCGCUGUCUGCUCGGCCAAGCCCAUUGAGCGUGAGCGCUGCUUUGGUGCCUCCAACCACCUGAUAGAGCUGUUGUCCUGGGACAUUCAGGACGACGGACCCAGGAAACAUUGCCCCUGUGCAGGAGAUCUCCACUGCCAGCAUCUGGGGAGAGGCUCUAUGUGCCUUAAAGGAGAGGACUCAAGUGAAGAGGACUUGACUGAUACGCUAUACUCAGAGAUAGACUAUAUAAUCUAGACACAGCUUGAUUUGAUUCACGUUGCCUUGGAAUCAACUCGACUGGGGUCUCCAAUGACUAGAGCUUUGCCGCCAAGAGUCGUAGCACUUUCUGUUUGCCAGCAUGAUCCAAAGUGAUAAAGCUAUACAGCAUUGAAUGGAUGAAAGAAUAUUCAUUUUAUUUUCUGUAAUUGAGUGCUGAGGUUUCUGAAAAUGUAGAAAUAAAAGUCACUAACAAAAAUCAGGAAACACUAUAUUUGCAAAGCUGGUUUCUUGACUAUUUGCUGCAUCUCUAUAUUUUAUUAUAGCUCGAAUCCUUAUCUAGUGCUAAUCCCAGCCACAAACGUAACCAUAGAGCACUGAAUAUAUGGAGACUACUCACCUCAGUUUGAAUUUGUAACGUCACCUGCAUCACGUUGUCAUCGACUCAUUCUGUGUUGAGCAGCAGCACUGCAUCAAAUCUAAUGAACCGAGACCAAAAUAGAACAAACUUACUUUGAAUCGCAAAGUUCGAGAGUCUAACUCCAGUAAAACCGUACGACAGAAGCAGCCAAUAAUAUGUUACGGUCGGGCUGCCAAGAAUCAGUCCCCCUAAACAUCACACCUUCAUCUACAGGACGCCAACACUACCAGAGGCGUCAGCAGAACGUGUAGUUGCUCAUAAAUCUGCGUAAGGAUUCUGUUAACAUUUAGCUGCUGCCAGUGACUACAGCAGUUGGUCAUAUUGCCAUCUAGGAUGCUACUUUCCCUCCCUUUACAUGUCUGAUAAGACUUCACUGUUUGAGAGUAAACCCAAUUCUGGCUGCUCGUUGGUAAUUAAGCUUUUUUUUUUUUUCUCUCGCACUUUCCUUUGUUAUUCUUGAGAAAAUGUGUUGUCAAACCUUACUGCUUGAUCCACCUAGAGCUGCCCCGCUGUCAAGAAACACCUUCAUGUUGCUUUUUGCUUCCCAGAGGUACUGUAUGUUUUUGCCAAGACCUGAGCCUCAACAUUAAUGACAUGUUAUCGUAUGCAUAACAAGGAACACUGUCCAACAUGCAGUGGUGUGAUUUAUUCUAUCUAUAUUGUUUGUAUGUGUAUAUAUCUGCUAUGUCAUGCAUUUUUUCUUUUAUAUAUGAACUUAAUACUGUAUCACUUUAUUUUCAGUAGUCCACUGUUGUCUUUCAUCCAGUACCUCCGUUCAGUGCGUAUUCAACAAGUGUGUCAACAAGAACAGAUUGUAUCGGAUACACAAACCAAAACAGUAACUUGUCAGUGAUUAAUAUGAUGAUUGACUGUUGGCUAUAAAUGGCUUUUAGAGUUUAGAGUCACAUUUAGGUACAUAAAACACUUUGUUAAAGGUUAGUGUUAGGAUAUAUUCACAACUUAACAACAAAGUUAUAGGACAGCAGUUAUGGGCUUUAGAGAGAGGUUUUGUUAAAAGUGUGCUCCGCCAACAGGGAAAAUGUUACUGGUGAGAUCCAAGUGUAAACUGUAGUGAUGCUGUACAAAAUGCAUUUCUUAGUUUUAGAAAGAAUCUUACUGGUUACCUGUUUACUAGGGAAACAUCUUUACAAUCUGAAGCAAUCCAUUUAAUAGCUCUACAGUCGGUGUUGAAAUCGGUUUUUGUUGAUGCAGUGUUACAGUGAUGUUGUUUGUAUUGGAUGAGAUUGCUGUGUAAUGAGAGAAGUUUCUAAUAUUCUAUCCCCCAAAGUACCAUUAAGAGCAUCUUGAUGUAGGCUUAAUAACAAAAGCUGUAUUGAAAUGCAUUAGAUUGUACAGUUGUACUUAAUAAAGUGGUAACUCGGGGUAAAAUCCUGUUUCACCUAUUUAAGUACUGAAAACUGGGCUCUAAAGGGAUGGGAGGAUUUUUUUUUUUUUUCCUUUUGAUUAAAAUUGCCCUCCUAUGAACAAUAAAUCGUGACAUUAUGCACAAGAGUCUCAUGUAGUUUCAAAUCACCUCUAAAUAUGUGAACAGCUCCCCUGACAGUGGUGCUAUAGCCGCGCACGCACGCACGCAAACACACA